AUGCUACCUUCAGACCCGCCAAAACCUUCCAGUCGGGAUUUCGAUCCUUCAACGAUGACUGUAGAUGACGAUGUAGAGAUGAGAAGUGAGGAUGAAUCGCCAGGUAUAGAAUUAUCAAGUGUGGAGAUAAACAUAUUGAUAUAUCUGUAUCUUCUCGAAUCGAAUUUUACCCACACAGCAUUUACCCUCCUAUCCGAAAGCAAUCUUCCCUCGACAUCCUUAUUCCAGCAUUUCAACCCAUCUUAUCCUACACCCUCAAACCUGAAUAAUGGGAAAUCCAGUAGACCCAACGGAGCGACACCCAUGCAGGGUACUUCCAAGUCACCUGUGCAGCCGAACUUUGGUAGGUCGGAGGGGAGAAUAGAAAGAGGAGAAUUGAUAAGGAAGUUGUGGAAAGCUGUAAGAUGGGAAGAAGUCGAGAGGCACGUCGCGUCGAAUGGGGAACCAUACAAACCAUCUUGUCCUAACCCUUUCCAUCUACUUAUACCUCAUGUCUGCCCACCUUCUUUCCCAUCGUCCGAAUCAAAUCCACCUCUUCCCCUACCAGAAGCCCUACGUUCGUCCACUCCUCCUCCCAAACGUCCCGAAGCGUUUCCUCCUCCAUCGAUAGCAUCCAACGAAGCUGGACCAUCCAAGACGAUCACUGCUAGUGGGGAAAUAAGGAAUAAACGUAAAGCCAGACAACCUUCCUCCGAAGCUACCUCACGUCAACCUUCACCCGAAAGAUCUAAUUCGCCUGCAAGGUUCAAAUCGUCAGAGAAAGAUAUUCAGGUACAGAAAAAGGACAAAGAGAAGAAGAAGAAAGCUAGACUAAGUGAGGGAACUGAAAAUAACGAUAACAACAUGGACAUCGAUCAGGAAGAAGACAGUACCCCUAUAGAUAAGAAGGAAAAGGAAAAAGAAAAAGAGGUUAAAAUCAAAUCGCCGAAGAAGAAAGAUACGUUAAGCCUGAAAGUACCCAACUCGACGGCAGGGUCAAGAGCGCAAACUCCAGAAUCUCGGAAACCUUCUCCAUCGAUUAAGUCCAAAGAUUUGCCAAAAGAUUCGCAGAAGAAUGGCGAUAAGGAGAUUAGUGGUGAUGGGAGAGUGGGCAACUGGGUAGAGCAUCGAGAUGCAGUCUCCUGCGUAGCUUGGAACCCCAAAAAUCGCGAUGUCCUCGCCACAGGAUCAGGAGAUGGUACAGCCCGAUUAUGGGAAUUCACCUCAUCCUCUACCUCUCCAACAAGUCAUCUGACAACACUGAAGAAACCAGCAGUGAUAUAUCACAAAUCUAUCGAAUCGUCCAAGAAGAACGUCACUGCCGUAUGUUGGCAUCCUGAUGGUACGAUGUUAGCUACUGGAUCAUACGAUGGUGUGGGAAGACUGUUUACCCCUAGUGGGAAUAUGCACGGUAUCAUGACGUAUGGAAGAGGUGCUAUCAACGCGUUAAAGUGGAACCCUUCAGGAUCAGCUAUCAUUAUGGCGAAGGACGAUUUCACGGUGACGAAAUGGGGAUAUGGGUUUGAUGGUAAGAUGGAUUUGAAAAAUAGCUUUGAUGCUCAUACUAAGGAAGUAAACGACGUCGACUGGCUAGAUGACGACGUAUUUGCAUCGGCGGGUAACGAUCAUACCAUCUUUGUUCAUCGAUCCAACGAUAAACGACCGAGGUUCACGUUCAAGGGACAUUCAGAUGAUGUAACCAAAAUAAAAUGGUCACCACCCACGUCUUCUGGUAGUACUAGUGGUACGACGAGAUUAUUAGCAUCAGUAUCGGAUGAUGGAAAUUGCAUGAUAUGGAAAUUACCUUCGUACCCUGAACCAUCAAGUCGUACGGGUGGAUCAAGAUCAUUGAGUCCAACAAAGGGUAAAGAAGGAUCUGCGGACAAGGAUAAUGAUGAUUAUUUCAAUGGUGGGACACCUGUACCUGGAGCAGAUCAUUGUCUACAUCGAUUGACGGUUGUUGGUGGAAGUGAAAAUAAGAGGAUGAAUACGCUGGAAUGGAGUCCUUCGUGCGAGAAUGGCAGGAUGUUACUAGCUGCCGGUGGUCAGGACUCCACAGUCAAAGUAUUCGAUGCCCUUUCAGGAGAAUGUUUACAUACCCUAGCGGGACUUGAGACCGGUACUGGUUCUUUGGCAUUCUCACCAGCUUCCUUUGGUGGAAGAUUGGGUGCGUUGGCUGCUGGUGGAUGGGAUGGCCAUCUCAUAGUAUGGGAUAUCGAGUCUGGUAAAAUCAUGUUGCAGCAUGACAUCGAAGAGGAUGCCAAGAAACAGAGUGUGAGAGAACAACCUAUGAUGCUCGCAAUUGCGUGGAGAGAAGAUGGAAAACAUUUGGCUUGUGGAUUACAUAAUAAGAGUGUGAUGGUGGUCAAUGUGGAUGGGUUGACGGUGGAUGAUAAAUAG